AUGGAUGUGCUGAGCCCCUUCCACUUCAUCCUGGUCAGCACUGUAUGGAUGCAAGGUGAUCUACUGGUAUUUGCCAAGUACUACCACCUCCCCUUCCUGCAGGACGUCCAGACAGACUGCACGAGGACGGGGCUGGGAGGCUACUGGGGCAAAAAGGGUGGGGUGAGUGUUCGUCUCUCCAUCUUCGGCCACAUCGUCUGCUUCCUGAACAAGGAGGCCUUUCCCACCAUACUGCAUAUGCAGCAGUUCAAGGGGCGUGUGGCCAGCGGCAUCCUGGACCAUGACCUUGUGUUCUGGUUUGGGGACCUCAACUUCCGCAUCAAGAGCCUAGACAUCCGCUUUGUGAAGUACGUCAUCGACAGCAACAGCCUGAGCCAGCUCUGGGAGAAGGACCAGCUGAACAUUGCCAAGAGCACCUGGCUUGUCCUCAGCGGCUUUCAGGAGGAACCCCUGAACUUCCCACCCACCUUCAAGUUCGAUGUGGGCACCAACAAGUAUGACAGCAGUGCCAAGAAGUGAAAACCUGCCUGGACUGACUGCAUCCUCUGGAAGAUCAAAUCUCCCAGUGUUGGGCUUGGUGGGGCAGGCGCCGGCCCAGCCGGGGCAUCCUGUCAGUGA